CUUGGCUUCCUUUGAGCUUAUUAGUAAUAUCAAACAGCCUUCCAGUGGACUUUCUUGCUAGUUGGGCUUUGAGGGUAGUGGGCUGAAUUUAUGGGCUCACCAAAUCAGAGAGAGCAGAGUAAUUGCAGACAAGAGUAUUUAAAGAUGAGGACUGGUGGGUAUACAUUCCAACAGUCACUAACACAUGAAUCAGCAAACAUAGUGAGGCAAGCUAUGAGCUUAGCUAGAAGGAGAGGACACUCCCAUGUGACACCUCUCCAUGUAGCUAGUGCUAUGCUGGCUUCCUCAACUGGCUUACUCAGAAGGGCUUGCCUUCAUUCCCACUCUCACCCACUCCAAUGCAAAGCUCUUGAGCUUUGCUUCAAUGUUGCCCUCAACCGUCUCCCAACCUCUUCUUCGAAUCCCAUUUUGGGCCCCCAUUCUCACCUCCCUUCCCUCUCCAACGCCCUUGUCGCCGCCUUUAAGCGUGCUCAGGCCCAUCAAAGGAGAGGGUCCAUUGAGAACCAGCAGCAGCCCAUUCUUGCACUCAAAGUUGAAGUUGAGCAGCUGGUGAUCUCCAUUCUUGAUGAUCCCAGUGUGAGUCGAGUGAUGAGGGAAGCCGGGUUUUCCAGUAGCCAGGUUAAAACNCUUUGCUUCAAUGUUGCCCUCAACCGUCUCCCAACCUCUUCUUCGAAUCCCAUUUUGGGCCCCCAUUCUCACCUCCCUUCCCUCUCCAACGCCCUUGUCGCCGCCUUUAAGCGUGCUCAGGCCCAUCAAAGGAGAGGGUCCAUUGAGAACCAGCAGCAGCCCAUUCUUGCACUCAAAGUUGAAGUUGAGCAGCUGGUGAUCUCCAUUCUUGAUGAUCCCAGUGUGAGUCGAGUGAUGAGGGAAGCCGGGUUUUCCAGUAGCCAGGUUAAAACCAACGUGGAACAAGCGGUUUCGCUUGAGAUCAAGGAAGGGGUGGCAUCAAAACCGGUAGUCCUCGGAAACAUCACCGGCGUCUCUCAACAUCAUCAUCAGCAGCAGCAGAUGAGGUUCCCACAAAUUGGGGAUCGCGCAGUCGUCAAGAACGAAGAUGUGAUGAGUGUUGUGGAGGCUAUGAUGAGCAAGAAGAGGAGAAACACAGUGAUUGUUGGGGAGUGUUUGGCCACAGCUGAAGGGGUAGUCAAGGGAGUGAUAGAAAAGAUCAGCAAGGGGGAAGUGCUGAGAGAGGACAUGAGGCACGUGCAGUUCAUAAGCGUUCCGGUUUUGACCCUGAAGAACAUGUCAAGGGAUGAAUUUGAGCUGAAGAUUGGAGAGCUCAGGGCAUUAGUGAAAAGCUACAUAGGCAGAGGGGUUGUUCUGUAUUUAGGUGAUCUUAAGUGGGUUUCUGAGUUCUGGUCUAAAUAUGCUGACCAAAACACUCACUACUGCUACUCCCCAGUGGAGCACCUCAUAAUGGAGCUCAGCAGAUUGUUAUGUGGUGGUGUUGGGGAGAAUGGGAGACUUUGGCUAAUGGGCAUUGCCACUUUCCAGACAUACAUAAAGUGCAAAACUGGCCAUCCCUCUCUUGAGAAUCUUUGGUCCCUUCAUCCCCUCACAAUCCCUGUUGGCAGUUUGGCUCUCAGUCUCAAGCCCAACAGUGAUUGGCAUGGUGAAUUUGGAAGCAAGGCAUCAUCAGCAGCAACAGCAGGGGUAGAAGGAUCAAGCAGGUGCUGGUUAAUGAGCAGCAAAAACCAAAGUGGUGCUGAGAAGAAUCUCACAUGCUGUACAGAUUGCAUGUCAAACUUCAACAAAGAUGUUAGAAACAUGGCCUCUGCUGCUGUUAAGGCUGAGCCAACCACCCCAACUUGUUUGCCCUCAUGGCUCCAAAAGUGCAAAGAGGAGACAACCACCACUACACAAACCACCAAUCAUCUGCAGGAUGGUGACAAGAUUAGUGAUCUAUGCACUAAAUGGAACUCAAUAUGCAGCUCAGUUCACAAGCACCCACUCUUCCCUGAAAAGAUUUUGAGCCUCUCUCCAUCUCCAUGUUCCUCCACUUCCGUGUCUUCGUCCAACGAAAAAAGAAGCUCCAAGUUACACCAAAGCUUUCUUCAAUGGCCAGUUGUCUUUGAAGCAGACCAAUCGCCGAAAGAGCACCAAUUCUUUGCGUCCCAAAAUGGAUCCGUGGGUACAAAGCCGGACUUGCUAUCCAACCCGAACUCUAGCCCGAACUCGGCUUCCUCUAGCGAAGCGAGUGGGGACCAUCUCCUCCCCAUGGAGUGCUUGAACAAGUUCAAUGAAGUGAGUUCGGAGAACGUGAACGUUCUUCGCAAGGCAUUGGAGAAGAGAGUUCCCUGGCAAAGGGAGGGCGCGAUCCCAGAAAUCGUCAGCACGGUCCUCAAGUGUAGGUCAGGGUUGGUGAAGAGGAAAGGGAAACAAGAGACCUGGAUGUGCUUCUUGGGUGCUGAUUCACAAGGGAAGGAGAGGGUUGCAAGGGAGCUAGCUAAGGUUGUGUUUGGUUCUGAGGAUAGCUUCAUCUCCAUUGGGAUUAGUAGCUUCUCAUUGUCGCCGAGGGAGGGGCCCACGGCAGCAGCGGAGGAGGAAGUGAUCAGUAACAAGAAAAGGGGGAGAGAUGAGGAAGGGAGAAGCUAUCUUGAGAGGUUCUUGGAGGCGGUUCGCGAAAACCCUAGCCGGGUUUUCUUCAUGGAGGACAUUGAUCAUGUUGAUUAUCAUUCCCAAAAGGGCAUCAAGAAUCUCAUUGAGAAUGGGAGCUUUAGACUAUCCCAUGGCGGCGGUGGUGAUGAUGAUGAUGGAGAAAUGGUGAGGAUGAAGGACGCAAUCGUCAUUUUCAACUCCGAGAGCCUCGGCGAUGCCUCGAGGGCCCCCUCUCCUCCUACCCCUCCCAUGGUUGCGCCGAAAUGCGACAAAUUCCAACCGUCCAUUUCUCUCGACCUGAACAUCGCCAGUGAUUUCGAUCACGCCGAGGAACGCCAAGUGGGAAUUCUUGAAGUUGUGGACAAACAAGUUGAGUUCAAAAUCCAGGUCUUGUGAUCAUGUGGUUGAGGAGGGAAUCCAAAAUCCCGAAUCAAGUUUAAAUUUAAUU